AUGUCUGAUGCGGUGGAAACGGCCGCCGAAGCUAAGUACAGGGGCGUACGGAAGCGAAAAUGGGGGAAGUACGUGUCCGAGAUACGCCUCCCGAACAGCCGGGAGCGUAUAUGGCUCGGCUCGUAUGAGACGGCAGAGAAGGCGGCGCGGGCUUUUGACGCGGCCCUCUUCUGCCUCCGAGGCCGCACCGCCAACUUCAACUUCCCGGACGACCCGCCCGCCAUUGUGGGAGGGCAGGGGCUGGGUCGGUCCGAGAUUCAAGCGGUGGCACAGAGCUACGGGAAUAGCUAUGGCGCCGCCGACAAUGGGUUUGAGGGUCGGGCGUCGGGUGAGGUGGAUUUGGUUGAUGGAUCUUUUUGGAAAAUGGUGGACAUGAAUAUUGGGGAAAAUGCGGGCUGCAGUUCGGAUUUUGAGCUGUUUGAGGAGCCCAGUGAAAUGUAUAUGGAUCCAAAUUAUGAAGCCCGGGUGUGUGAAGAAGAGGAGGAGGGGAGUUAUUAUCACGGGCUUUGGAGUUUUUAA